AUGGCAACAUCUACAAAGCAACCUUUUCCUGCUUCCCAUUAUCUUCCUUUCUCUGUACAUUUUGCUGUCACUUGCAAGAUCAAGUGGGAAAGCACCCAAACUACCACCUUCCCCCCCACACCCCCAAAGCUACCUAUUAUUGGAAACCUUCACCAGCUAGGCGCCUUCCCGCACCCUCCCUUCAUGCUCUCUCUCGAAGUAUGGCCCUCUACGAUCAUGGAGACUGAGCGUGUGACGGAGUUUCCUUUGGGCAGCUAUGUUCCUCAGGCCUGA